AGAGGCGGGGCAAGCGUGGGCGCGACUUGGCUGGGAAGGCGCCGGAGUUGAAGUUUCGCGGGCGCCGUUGGAGGCGGCCCCUUGGCCGCUAUGGCGCGAAGCGGGCCCUCGCUGGCGCAGGAGUUGCGGCGCUGGGCGGCCGAGGAGAUGAAGCUGCCGCCGAACAAGAUCCCCUCCGAGAGUGCCGCCCGCCGAAUCUGUUCUGGCCAAUGUGCCGAGAUAUGGAAGUACGUCAUCCGCCACGUUCGCCAUCAGAGGAAUGUGAAGAAGAUUCGGGGGAACUUGCUAUGGUACCAGCAAAUGGAUGAGACUAAGGGCAAAUCCAGGGGCUCCGAUUCAGAGAAGGAGCGCCGUAAGCAGCUGCUGCAGGGCAUCGCUCGCCUGCGGGGAGAGCUGGAGCAGAUCGACAGGCAGAUUGAAUCAGCACAACGCGAGCUCGCAGCUGAUGAGAUCACCCUAGAAGCAGCUCAGGAGAAGAUCCGCGACACCAAGCGUCGUACGUUGCUGCUGAAGGCCUACUCAACCCGGGUCACAGCAGAGCGCCAGCAGCUGAAGACGCUAGUGGUGCAGGUCAAGGGACGUCUGGAACAGCUCCAGGAGAUGGAGAGGAAGGCCAAGACAGCAGUGGUGUUUGGCGGCGGGAGAGCCCCCAAGGCUGGAUUCCCCAGUUUGGAACCGGAAGUUCUGCGCGACGUCCAAGAAGCCUGCCGCCUGCGGUUUCUCUUUCUGAAGACACUCUUUGAGCACAGCAUGUCUGGGAAUUUCCCCAGCGGGAUGAGUGAAGAGCAGCUGAGCAUGUCCUACCAGCACUGGCUAAGUGUUGUGGAGAAGGUCUCCAGUUCCCACCCGCCAGCCCACAUCCUCUCAGCCCUGGAGCACCUGGCCCUCCAGAACACCCGCCGGCUGCAGGAGCUCACCGACGGCAUCGACAUCCCGCGUGACGUGGAAGCGCUCAAGUUCCGCUAUGCCAGCGCCCACCUGGAAGACAUCUCUGAUGCAGCGGAUGACCUGCCCUCCGUUCAGGGACUCAUACAGGAAGGCUGGAGCGAGUGCGAGAUGCUCUGCGUGCAGCUGCUCCCCCUACAAGCCAAGGAGAAGCAGCUUACGGCGCAGCUCGAAGCCAUCGUCCAGGAGAUGCACCGUCUGCUGUCUGACGGCUCCGAGCGCUCCAUCUUGGCCAGAGCCGUGUUCGAACUGGAGCUUCGAGCGGUGAAGUUGCAGGGGUACAAGGACGGGCUGCUGAGCAGCUGCAGGGUGCUGGAAGAAGCGCUGCAGACCCGUCACGAAGAGCUGCAGGGCUUGCAAGCCAAGCGUCAGCGCAUCCUGGACUUCCGCCACCUGGUGAACGAGAAGCAGCAGCAUAUCCGGACGCUCAUCAAAGGCACCUCGUACAUUAAAUCCCAGCUGCGGAAAGACCAGGCUGAGAUCCAGGGCUUCAUCGAGAAGAAGCUGCUGGCUCAAGAGCAGCGGGUGGAGCAGGAGGCACUGCGGCUGCACAACAGGGUCGAUCGGGAGCUCCAGCAGUUCCAGGGUGUCGCCCUGCCUUGCUUGGUGCGCCGGGACCUUCCCGGGAGGCAGCGCAUCCCCGCCCACGAGCUCUCAAUCCAUCGCCUGAACCGGACCGCACCGGUGGAGUACCGGGCCUUUACCAACGUCUGCAACGGGGCUUCCUUCCCCCUUUACAAGGCCCCCGAACAGCUCCUCUUUCAUGUGGCAGAGAUGAAGAAGACACGCCUCUCUCUGAGGACCCAGCUGGGCUCGAAGCAGAGGACAGUGGGAGACUUGCAGCGCCAGCUGGAAAACACUCCAGAGCCUGACGUGCAGGCCUUACUCAAAGAGGUGCAGGCCCACGAUCAGGAGCAGGCCCGCGAGCUGCUGCCCCGGAUCCUGCGGGUGACGGAGCAGUGCAAGCGUCGCAUCGAAUGCUGGCCGGAGGUGCAGGCCGUGGUGGACGCCUGGUGGGAGCAACCCGGACAGUUUACCCUCCCUGGAGAACGGCGCUUCGGCCGCACUCUGCAGCAGUGGCUGGAGCGCUGGACCUUGGCCGCCAAGGCAGUGCAGUGGAAGCAGCAGCAGCAAGAGCAGCAGCAACGCAGCUGGGUCUGAGAGCAGGAGCCAGAUGCAAGCAAACCCCCCGUCUCUGGACCCAGCUGGAAUGAACCAUUGUGCUCUUUUCUGGAGGGGUGCAGGGGUUGGCCAGCAGGCAAAGGGGAAUAGUUUUACCCCUAAACAAUUGGAAGGCGCUAACAUCUUGGAGUGGGGGGGGGGGGCGAUAUUUUCCCAUCUUCUUUGCGGGAACACAGGGCUGUCAGUGACAUUAAAGGCCUGUCUUUUUUUUUUUCUUUCGGAUCUUUUGAAAUAAAAUUCUAAAUGCACCGUUAA